GUUUAUGAUUCAGUUUACCGUAUGUUUGUUUAUUCAACGAACAGCUAGGCCCUAGGCCUGGUCUACGUGUGUGUCUGUCAAAACAAGUAGGCCUUUACACGGCUUUUUAAUAUGAUGGGAUGAUGAUGCCAUGCGUUGCCAAUUACAGUAUUAGCUUGUGAAGAAUUUAUCAGAUAGGCCUACGGACCGGUUGAAAAUCAAUCAUGGAUCCUGAAAAUAUCAAUGAUGAUUUGAAGGAAAAAUGGGAAUUAGAACAGAAAGAACUAAAAACUAAGCUAGUGUGUGAAGAUGUGGAACCAUGGCAACAAAAAAGUGAUUUUUCGGGUCUGACCUACGUUGGCGGUGUUGACCUGUCCUUUGUGAAGGGAGACGACAUCAAUGCUUGUGCUUGCUUAGUAGUCUGCAGUUAUCCUGAUCUGAAGGUGGUGUACAGUCGCUGCAGACAUAUUCAGUUGACAGCUCCUUACAUCUCUGGAUUCCUGGCAUUCAGGGAAGUUAGUUUCCACAUUGAGAGCAUUGAAAAACUAAAAAAAGACAACCCAGAACUUCUACCACAGGUGAUAUUUGUUGAUGGUAAUGGAAUGUUACAUCCAAGAGAAUUUGGUAUUGCCUGCCAUCUUGGUGUUAUAACUGGCAUGACAACUGUUGGUGUUGCUAAGAAACUCCACCAUGUUGAUGGUAUUGAAAAAGAUGCCGCACAUGGUGAGAAGAUUAAACAGCUGAUGAAAGGUGGAGAAUCUUUUCCUUUAAUAGGAACUUCUGGCAAAACUCACGGAAUGGUACUGAGAGUCUGUAACGAAGCUCCAAAUCCAGUGUAUGUGUCUGUGGGACACAGGAUAAGUCUGAAGACAGCUGUACAGUUGGUGCAUCGCUGUAGCAAACAUCGGAUACCAGAACCCAUUCGACAGGCAGACAUGCAAUCAAGAAAAUUUAUACGCGAGAAGUUUGGACCAAAACAGGAACAGCCACAAAGACCACCAAAAAAACGAAGUCCAACAAACAUUAAAAUGGACAAAGUAGCUUCACAUGAUAAUGUUGAUGGUGAUUACGAACCUCACCUGGAUGCGAUGGCAUCACUUUUUGAAGGAGGUUACUGAAGAACAUUGGAUAUAUUCGGUGCGAACAUCAUGGAUUACUCACAAAAAUCUGCACGACUUAUUUGCAAUGGGGCCAAUACAGCUUUUGAGAGCAGCAGUGUUUCUAGGAUAUACACAAGCCAGCCUGCGAAUGUAUUUAGGAGGGGUCUUGGGGUGGGUGGGUGAAGCUCUCACCAUUUAAUGCCUUUUUUUUUGUCAGUUGCAGCUGGAAUGACUGCUCCUGCUGUGACUUGAGCUCAGGUGAAAUUUGUAAACAUAUUCAAAUUAUUUUUUUCUCAGGUACAGUACUGUAUUGCAGUGUACUGUAUUUUUAAAAAUUAUUUUUUUCUCAGGUACAGUACUGUAUUGCAAUGUAUUUUUAAAAUUCUGUUCUAUGAAUGUAUAUAGAGUAAAUUUUUAAAUUUUCUUAUAUCCUAGGUAAUAAAUUUCUUACUGAAAAUUUAAAUCACUAUUUUUGGUGGUAUGGGUAAUAUUUUAUUCCAAUAUUUGAAUAAAGUUAAAUAUAUUACAGUAGAUGUUUUCUUGUAUCAAUUCUAUCUUGACUCUCUCUUUACCCAACAAGAAAAGACAAGAUGCAUUAUUUCUUGUAGAGCUGAUUUAUUUAUCAUAACAGAUCAUACACAUGUUAAGAUGGUCCAAUCACAGAGACAUAAGUAAAAUCUCCAUGGUCAAUUAAACAGUUGGUUUGUUUUUUUUUUGUACUUCCUAUAUUUUUACAUAAUCCCAUCAGAAUUUGGGUGGCAUAAAAA